AUGGCAGCAGCAGCACCACUGGGUCUUGCAGCGGCGGCGGCGGAGGCGGCGGCCGUUCUCCUUCUCCUGAUCGGGCCAUUCAUCCCGCUCCCAACCGGGCGGAGGGACGGCAACAGAUUGGUGGCCGCCGACGUGGCCCCGUUCUCUCCAGCACCAGACGUCAACAUCACCGACAUCAUUAACCUGUUUGCUAUUAGGUUCAACCUCACUGCCAAGGACGUCGCCAUCCUCUCCGGUAUGCUCCUUGCUUCAUAUAUAUCCACUCUUUAG